GGAGGUAAUUAGCAGGACGGCCAGCCCUCUGUGGCCGCCCAGACUCGGCGCAGCGUCAGCGUCUGGAGCGAGCCACCCUCCAGUUUCCGCGCCCGCAGGUUAUUCCAGAAAGAUGAGGAUAUUUGACAUUUUUAUAUUUACAGCCUACUGUCAUUUGCUGCAUGCAUUUACUAUCACAGUUCCAAAAGACUUGUAUGUUGUAGAAUAUGGCAGCAAUGUGACCAUUGAAUGCAACUUUCAAGUAGAAAAUCAACUGGACUUGCUUUCCUUAUCUGUCUACUGGGAAAAGGAGGAUAAACAUAUUAUUCAAUUUGUGCACGGAAAGGAAGACCCCGAGGUUCAGCAUAGUAGCUUCAGGCAUAGGGCCCAGCUGCUCAAAGACCAGCUCUUCAAGGGAAACGCUGCACUUCAGAUCACAGAUGUGAAGUUGCAAGAUGCAGGAGUUUACUACUGCAUCAUCAGUUAUGGUGGUGCGGACUACAAGCGGAUUACUUUGAAAGUAAAUGCCCCAUAUCUCAAAAUUAACCAACGAAUUUCCACGGACCCAGUCACCUCUGAACAUGAACUAAUGUGUCAGGCUGAGGGUUACCCCGAGGCUGAAGUCAUCUGGACAAGCAGUGACCACCAAAUCCUAAGUGGCAACACCGUCAUCACCAAAUCCCAGACAGAGGAGAAAUUGUUCAAUGUGACCAGCACGCUGAGAAUCAACGCAACAGCUAAUGAGAUUUUCUACUGCACUUUUCGGAGAUUAGGUUCUGAGGAAAACAAUAGAGCUGAGUUGAUCAUCCCAGAACCACCUGCUGUAUUUUCCACAAAUAAGAGAAAUCACUUUAUGAUGGUGGGACUCAUCCCGUUGUUCUUUGUUGCAGCACUGCUCCUAUUCUGCCUGAGAAAAGAUGUGAGCAUGAUAGAUGUGGAAAAAUGUAGCACCCGAAAUAUGAACUCAAAGAAACAAAAUGAUACACAGUUUGAGGAGACGUAAUCAGUACCAAAACUUGUGAUUUUCAAGCAGGGGUUCUCAGCCUGUGGUUUGGGAGUUCAGGGAUGAAGGGACUCAUGAGAUGCAGGCAAUAUUGGGACUUCAAAGGCCCAAGAACUGAAAAAGGAACCUGGGAAAAGAAGAGAAAGUGGAAGACAUAGAAAGAUGGAAUAGAAAGGGGAGCCUGGAAGGAAAUCUUGGUACUGCAAUAACUGAGACUGUGAGUGUUUGUGAAAGAGACAAAAGACACUUCUGAAUGAGGAGCAGGUUGAGAAUCCCUGAUGAAUGGUCAGCUCUUGCAGAAGUGCCCAUUGCCUCCACUCAGUGUCUCCAUGUGUCUUCUGCCCCGCUGACAGUCCCAGCAUUGCAACAGUAGUUAGGUCUGAGUUGUUUCUAUUUAUUUUGAGUCUGUGGUGUCUUCUUGUCAGGUAAGCAUGGUAGUGAAUUAUUUCUUUUGAAACUAUAGUAGCUGUUAGAAUUCUGCUACUUAACUGCUUGUUUGUGUUCAGGAAAGCAUAUACUAUUUGUGAGGUGCUUAGCAUCCUCUGUAAGUAUUGUUACAGAUAGGAAGCAUUGGGUUGUAUGGAUCUUAACUUAUUUAACCGACUCACUAGUUGGGCUGACUUGAAUAAUGUUAUCCUCAGAUUUCAAAGGUCUGUUACAGUGUCAGGUGUGUGUAAAUAUCAGCUUUACAACUGUGUGGUAUCUUAUUCAUGUAAUCUCAUUUCUAACAACCCUGUCAUGGUAACCCCUAUACUCAUUUAAUAGCUGAGGAUGUAGAGGGCUUACAUAACGUGCCCACAGCAGGAAAUAGCAGCCCUCAGAUUCUACAACUUACCUCCUGUCCUUUUAGAGUGCAAUUUAUAGCUGUACUUUCAGAAAUUUAUUCAUUCAAAAAGUAUUUAAGUGCCUUUGUGUAUUAUGAGUGCCUUGCACCAUGCCAGGCAUAGAGUCUACACAUGUGAGCAAGACAUAGUAUCAAUGGAGUAUACGUACAUGUUUCAAUAAUCAAAGCAAUUUUAGUUUAUAAGAAAUCAGCAUUUAAAAGAACUGGGGAAAAUAUCUCUUGACUUCCUUUGCUAGCAUUAUGUUUACACUGAUUUAUUUGCCUUUGCCAUGUGAUCUGAUGUUUUUCUAUAUAGUGUCUGUUAUGGCUUAGGCGUCUUCUUUCUUUUCCGAUCUAAAUACUAUUGAGUUUUGAAUUCACACUCUUCCAUGAUUCAAAAUUCAAAUGGUCCAAUAGAAAACAAUAAAAAACUUCCAUUCCAUCCUCCUAGGUAUCCACUUUUCCUUUCCAUGGGCAACAGAUAUCACCUUUUGUCCAUGUAUUCUAAAGAUAGUCUCUGUAUAGAAAUGUAUGUUAAAAGUACAUUUAAAUUUUUCUCAGAGGUAAAAAAUUAUGUAUCUACUAUGCACUUUGCAAUUUUUAUUUAAUACAUUAUUUUCUAUGUAGCAAGUGGAACAAAUGUGAGGUGCCUGAAGUCAGAAACUGUGUCAUGUCUGUUUCUAGAUUAUCUUUCCCAUAGCCUCUUAGCAUCUUUGAUGUGAUUUACUACAUGCUGUGUAUCUACUACAUAUAGCUUUGGACAAACACCACCAUCAAGUGUUUGGUCUAUGACUGACUUUAGAUUUGACUUAUUUUGUGUUUUCUUGAAAGGAGACCCAUGGGUUCCCCAGGGUACAGUGAGUCAAUCCAAUACUAAUGGCAGCCUUAAUACUAACUCUGCAUGAUGAAACAUGUCUGGAACUGUUUUUUCUGUUUCCUCUUGAGUAUAAACUUCACUUUGCUGCUGUACGUGCAUAAUUGCAUGUUCUUCUGGAGAUUCUAACAGUGGACCUUGAUUUCCGGCUGCACUGGGUCCUCAUCUGUGCAGAAAAGGUUCAUCAUCUCGGCUUGAACCCUGAAUGCCACUGGCUCUCAUCACUACAGGGACCUCCCAAGAUACUGUUUUCCAGAGACUUAUAGGUUCAGAUGGCCUCUCAGGAAGUCCCAGAAUUUUCUUUCUCUUUUGACCAUUUACUGGCAUCUUCUUUGGCGUCAAGAUGGAAGAAACAGACUUUCCAACUGAAUCCCUUCUGUUAUCUGCUUGUAUGUAUUUAUAUUUAUACAAUAAUUUGUGACUCUGGCUGAGCAUGAACACACAUUCGCUGGAUUCCUAAAUCGUAAUACUUUCUGUGGCAUUGGAUUUGAAAGGCACUUUACCCUCUCUGUGUUGUGUUUCAUUGUAAAUGACAUAAGCAGAGAUGAUAUGUAAUUCUGUAUUUGUCACUGUUUGAACUUGUGUUAACUUAAUAGAAUAUUCCUAUUUAUUUUGUUCCUCAA